AUGCUUUUUGAAGCCGCCCUUGGUGACCCUGCCUGUCAUCCAGUGCCUCAGGCGCUAAAGACUGAAGAACCAGAAGACAAGGCUAACACAAUUUAUAGAUGUGUUACAUUUAAACACAAUGUUGAGGAUGCACAGUGGGCUAGCUCAGGAUCACUAGAGCGAAGUCCAGGGCCGAGCGCACAACCAGUCAAUGGACGUAAAGAAAAAGAGAUGGAAAACCUGUGUGCUUCUGAGUGGCCGACAUUUAACAUCGGCUGGCCCCUUGAUGGGACUUUCGACCUUGGUAUUAUCUUGCAGGUGAAGGAACGAGUCUUCGACGCCGGGCCCCACGGACGUCCUGACCAGGUGGCCUAUAUUGUCACCUGGGAAAAUUUGGCCUCUGACCCACCCUCUUGCGUGGCUCCCUUUGUCACCCCCAAAUCCCCUUCUAAAUCUCUCCCCAAGACUGAUGUGGCCCCACCUUUACAGGGGCCCACUGCUCCCCCUUUGCCUUCUUCUGUACCACUCAUUCCCUCUCAGGCACCUGCCAAAUCUCAAUUAUAUCCUGUCCUCAAGAAAGAGAAAACCCCUCACUCCAAACCUAUUCUUCCUGCUGAUGAGUCUGAUCUUAUAGAUUUACUUUCAGAAGACGGAACCCCCCCCCAUCAGCCCCCUACCCAGGGCACUGUAGGUGGCGGCAAUGCCCAGCAAAGGGGUCCGGACAAACCAGACAGUACCAGUACCACUCCUGCCCUGGACAACGAACAAGAAGAGACUACUGCAGACUCCCCGGUAGCUGGCAGAUACCGUGGUCGAAGGGAGACAGCCACAGAAGGAACCUCCCGAGCCUUUCCCUUGCGCCAGACUGCUGGACCAGGAGGCCAAUUUCAAUACUGGCCUUUCUCGGCAUCCGACCUCUAUAAUUGGAAAUCUAACAACCCCUCCUUCUCCAAAGACCCUGUAGCUCUCUCUAACCUAAUUGAAUCCAUCCUAAUAACCCAUCAACCCACUUGGGAUGACUGCCAACAGCUUUUGCAGGUCCUUCUAACCUCAGAAGAACAUGUCUUCCUGGAAGCUCAGAAGAACGUCUUAGGAGAUGAUGGGAGGCCCACUCAGUUGCCUAAUGAAAUUGAGGAAGCUUUUCCCCUAAAUCGUCCUGAUUGGGACUUCAAUACUGCUGCAGGUAGGGGACACCUGCGUCUUUAUCGCCAGUUACUCAUAGCGGGCCUCCGCGGCACUGGACGCUGUCCCACGAAUUUGGCUCAGGUAAGACAGAUAACCUAGGGACCAGAGGAAACUCUGACUGCAUUUUUGGAGAGGCUAAAGGAAGCCUACCGUAUGUAUACACCCUUUGAUCCUGAUAGUCACGAGCAAAGGGGCAAUGUUUCUAUGGCUUUCAUUUGGCAGUCAGCUCCAGAUAUUAGGACUAAGUUGCAGAGACUAGAUCAUUUACAAGAUUAUAGCCUGCAGGAUCUCGUAAAGGAAGCAGAAAAGAUCUUUAAUAAGAGAGAAACACCUGAGGAGAAAGAAGAAAGACUUAGAAAGUUGCAGGAGGAAAGAGAGGACAAGUUAAAAAAGGAGCUAGAGGAGAGAGAGAGAGAGAGGGAUCGUAGGAACCGGAAAGAAUUAAGAAAAAUCCUGGCCACUGUAGCUCAGAAUAAUCAUAGUGCAGGAAGUCAGGAAAGGAAGGGAGAAGGAAGGAGGCCCAGGGUAGAUCAAGACCAGUGUGCCCACUGCAAAGAAAAAGGCCAUUGGGUCAAAGAUUGCCCUAAGAGACCUAAAACUCAGAGGCAUGGGGACAGACCCCGAAGACCAACUCAGCUUCUAGCCCUAGAUGAAGAAUAGGGCAGUCGGGGCCAGGAGCCCGCCCCCAAGCCCAGGCUAACCUUAAGAGUCGGGGGGCAGCCAAUCAUCUUCCUGGUGGACACUGGAGCCCAACAUUCAGUUCUCACCGAAACAAACGGGCCAUUGAGUACCAAAACAGCUUGGGUACAAGGAGCCACCGGAGGAAAACAAUAUCGAUGGACCACGGAGAGAAAAGUUCAUCUCGCAUCAGGUAAAGUCUCACAUUCCUUUUUGCAUGUACUGAACUGUCCAUAUCCAUUACUGGGUCAAGAUCUACUGACUAAAUUAAAAGCCCAGAUCCAUUUUUAAGGAUCAGGAGCUAAAGUCUCUGGCCCACAAGGGGCUCCACUUCAAAUAUUGACUUUACAAUUGGAAAAUGAAUAUAGACUUUUUAAAAGCAUCCUAAACAGCAGGAAGGAAGGAAUGGACUUGUGGUUAAAACAACACCCCCUGGCCUGGGCAGAAACAGGGGGCAUGGUGCUGGCCAUACAACAGUCACCCCUAAUAAUUCUCCUGAAGGCAACAGCCACCCCUGUCUCAAUUAAACAGUAUCCCAUGUCAAAUGAGGCAUAUCAAGGAAUCAAGCCUCACAUUAAGAGACUAUUAGACCAAGGGAUCUUGAUCCCCUGCCGAUCCCCAUGGAAUACUCCACUUCUGCCUGUAAAGAAGCCAGGAACCGGGGAUUACAGGCCAGUCCAAGAUCUUAGGGAAGUCAAUAAGCGAGUGGAGGACAUUCACCCCACAGUGCCAAAUCCCUAUAACCUACUAAGCACCCUGCCUCCUACUCAUCCCUGGUACACUGUUCUGGACCUGAAGGAUGCUUUCUUCUGCCUGAGGCUGAGCCCUCAGAAACAGCCUUUAUUUGCUUUUGAAUGGAAAGAUCCAGAACUGGGCAUUUCAGGGCAAUUGACCUGGACACGCCUACCCCAAGGGUUCAAGAAUAGCCCCACUCUCUUUGACGAGGCCCUUCACCAACACCUGGCAGAAUUCCGGAUCAGGCAUCCAUCUCUGAUCCUGCUGCAAUACGUGGAUAACUUCCUCCUUGCAGCCACCACUGAACAGGACUGCAAAACAGGUACUGGGGCCCUAUUACGAACACUGGGGAACCUGGGGUAUUGAGCCUCUGCCAAAAAGGCUCAAAUAUGUAGACAGGAAGUCACCUAUUUGGGAUACAAGCUAAUGGAUGGGCAAAGAUGGUUGACACCUGCCCGCAAAGAAACUAUAUCUCGCAUACCCAUCCCCAAAAACCAAUGUCAACUUAGGGAAUUUUUGGGGACUGCGGGCUUCUGUAGUCUCUGGAUUCUGGGGUUCGCAGAAAUAGCGGUCCCCCUUUACCCACUAACCAAGCAAGAUAUACCUUUUAAAUGGACUGAGGAACAACAGCAGGCUUUUGAUGCUAUCAAGCAGGCCCUGCUGUCCUCACCAGCCCUGGGCUUGCCAGAUGUCACCAAGCCUUAACUCUUUGUUGAUGAAAAACAGGGCUAUGCAAAAGGAGUCUUAACCCAAAAGUUAGGACCCUGGAGAUGGACCAUUGCCUACUUGUCCAAGAAAUUAGACCCAGUUGCAUCAGGAUGGCCUCCAUGUCUCCGAAUGGUGGCAGCGAUUGCAGUCCUAAUCAAGGACGCCACCAAAUUGACUCUGGGACAGCCAAUGACCAUACUGGCACCACAUGCAGUUGAGUCCCUCAUCCGUCAGCCACCAGAUAGAUGGCUAUCUAACGCCCGUCUAACUCACUAUCAAUCCCUGCUCCUGGAUGUAGACAGGGUUCAGUUUGGGCCAAUAGUAACCCUGAACCCAGCCACCUUGUUACCGCUGCCAGAGGGACCAGCGUCCCAUGACUAUCAGCAGAUCCUUGCAGAGAUACAUGGAACGCGGCCUGAUCUGACUGAUCAGACCUUGAAAGAUGCGGACUACACCUGGUUCACGGACGGUAGCAGCUACUUGCUAAAUGGUGUGAGACGGGCAGGGGCUGCAGUGACAAAUGCCUCAGAGUUCAUAAGGGCCACUGCACUCCCCGGAGGCACCUCUGCUCAGCGAGCUGAACUCAUUGCUCUGACUCAGGCUCUCCAGAUGGCAGCAGGUAAGAAGCUUAAUGUGUACACUGAUAGCCGGUAUGCCUUUGCCACUGCCCAUGUCCAGGGAGAAAUUUAUCGGAGAAGGGGCCUUUUAACAUCUGAAGGCAAAGAAAUCAAAAAUAAAAAUGAAAUCUUGGCAUUAUGAAAGGCCCUGUUCUUUCCUAAGAAAUUGAGCAUAAUGCAUUGCCCUGGACAUCAAAAGGGGGAAAGCCUGGAGGCAAAAGGAAAUCGCCUGGCUGAUGAAGCAGCCAAACAAGCAGCCUUAUCAACCAAGGAAACACCAAACUGGAUCCUGGGACCUGGCUUCGUGGCCAUAGGCCUGAUUGACGAUUCUGUCUGGGUUUGGAGGCAUCAGACUAAAAACUUAGAGCCCCGCUGGAAGGGCCCCUACACUGUGCUCCUGACAACUCCCACCACCCUGAAAGUGGACGGGAUUGCUGCCUGGAUUCACGCAUCCCACGUGAAGGCCACACAACCAGAACAUCGGACACAGGACCAGGCCCCAUCUGAAACAACAUGGAAAGUUCAACGCUCUCAAAACCCCUUAAAGAAAAGACUUUUACGUUCCAAACAUUAG